GAGGCGGUGAGGACGGCAUGAAAAGGCUUUUUUGAUUGUGAUGGCAACUCACUGGAUUCAUGGUGCUUCAGGGAAGUUUCCGUAAUCCGCUCUUAGAAGCUGAGGAUGGUGCUUCAUCGUGCCAUCCAGGCAGCUCGGGAUGCAGACCUGGCAGCUCUGAAGAAUCUAGCAUCCUCCGGCCAACUCUCUGCUGCUAUCAGCGAUGCCCAGGGUGCAGGGCCUGUGCACCACGCAGCCCGGUGUGGGCGCCUGGACUGCCUGCAGUUCCUGGUGCGUGACCUCGGGCUGCCGGCAGACUCUCGAGCUUUAAACGGAGCCACGGCAGCACAUGAUGCAGCAGCUACUGGUAACAUCCGGGAGCUGAAGUGGCUCGUGGACCAAGGAGGCUGCAGCAUCCAGGAUCAGGAUGCAGCAGGAGCCACGGCUCUUCACCUAGCAGCUCGCUUCGACUGUGUGGAGGUGACCCAGUGGCUGCUGUCUGUCGGAGGGGAGGCCAAUGUAGCGACCAACUGUGGAGCGGUACCGGCCCACUAUGCUGCAGCCAACGGGGGGCUCACCUGCUUAAAACUUCUCCUCCAGGAGGCCCCUAGGUGUUUGAACCAGCAGACGGGUUUGGGAGCCACCCCCCUGUACCUGGCCUGCCAGGAGGGGCACCUGCCCGUUGUCCAGUAUCUUGUAAAAGACUGUGAGGCGGACGUUCACCUGAGAGCCCACGACGGCAUGUCCUGCCUUCAUGCUGCUGCUCACAUGGGGCAUCAGGCUGUGGUGGGUUGGCUGGUGACCUGCACCGACGUGGAUUUGUCCUGCCAAGACAGAGAAGGAGCAACAGCUAUGCAUUUUGCUGCCAGCAGGGGGCAUUAUUGCAUCUUGGAGCUGCUGCUUUACAUGGGUUCUAAAGUCAUCAAAGAUUUCUGGGGAGGGACUCCUCUUCAUGAUGCUGCAGAGAAUGGAGAGCUGGAGUGCUGUAAAAUCCUGUUGGCCAAUGGAGCAAAUCCUACAGAUGAGGAUAUUGAUGGAUUCACAGCAGCAGACUUGGCAGAGUACAACGGGCACUCUGAAUGUGCCAGAUAUCUUCGUGCCAUAGAGAAAAACGCAUCGUGUGCAGACAGAUCCAUCGAGGUUCUGACUCCGGCAGAGGAGGACGUGGAGGUGAAGCAGACUGUGUUGUUUCCUCGCAGCAAAGAGGACUACUACGGGAGGCUGAGUGAGGAGUGCAGAGACAGUCAAAGCUGUAACAAACACAUGGAUAGUUUGAAGCAACCUGAGUGUGAGGAGCCACCACAGGCUAGAUACCCUCAGGCCGCCCCUGCACCUCCACCACCCUCUGCUUCAGGAAGAACCGCAGCAAGGAGAAUAGAGCAGGUCCAGAUUGCCGCAUCGGUUAUUAAAGGUUUUAAUCAGUCCAAGGCAGCUGGGAGUGAGAGAAGCGCCUCUGCUGAUAAGACAGUAUUUCCUGAUACAAACCUCCUGGCUGAGAGGAAACUCCUGGGUGACAUGAAGAACAUUAAAUCGCUGAAGGAGUCAGGGAUGUCAGGAGUCUUUGCUGGACAAGCAAGCAAGAUGGUGGUCCUGCCAACUGAGGAGGCUAACCUGUCAGACAUCGACUAUCUGGUGCCCACCCACGAUGAGAAAGGUCACCCCAUAGCUGAGUGGAAGAGGCAAGUCAUGGUGAGGCAACUACAGGCCAGGCUGCUGGAUGAGGAGGAUCAGAGGAGGAAGGAAAAUGGGAACAGAUAUGCCAAAGUCAGCUGGAGGUACUCCCAAGCCCACAAUGCCAUCCUGGGACCCUCCGGUGAGCUGCUGACUGAGGAUGACCUCAUCUAUCUGGAGCAGCAGAUUGCCAACGUCUCUCUGCAGAGGAACUGUGCAGGUUACGAGCUGGAGCUGGCUCGUCUGGCUGAGGAGCUCAGGCACAUCCUCCCAGCUCCCAUCGUCAACAUCACUGUCAACACCCAGUUCAGGAACUUCAAGAGCCAGGUUCCCCUACCUGUUUGGUGUGGCCGGAUCUCAGGCAUCGUCAAAAGCAUGUCUCUCCUCAUGACCAACCUGACAGACCAGCCCUACUGUAAGAUGCCCAACACUGAACUCAUCACCGUGUUUUCCCAGGCCCCGGACAGACAGAUCUCCAAUAGGGUGCGCAGGGAGAGCAUCGAGGAUGAAAUCCAUCAUUUCGGAGUGUCUGUGAGGACUUUGAGGUCAAACUUUGAGAAUCAGGGCACAUCCUUACCAGACCAUCCAGAGGAAGGCCUUACGUUCUGUCCUUCCUCUCUGCUUGAAGAUAGACAGUUGAAGGAGUUGCAGCCGGCAGCUGAAACAGACCAGAACAGUGAUUCUGGGAUCGAUAAUGAUGAAAACGUGGCAGAUGUCCAGGAAACCACCAGCCUCAGGAAGGAGCGCAUAGUAGUCCUCUUUUUAGGUCACUGGAAAAAGUCUGCCUACUCGGUGACACUGAAGAGCAGGGAUGCGGUCAAAAGGACGAUGAGCAAUGGCAGCACUGGGGCUCAUGCAGAGUAUGGUUCUGGUGCAGCGGACAGCGCGGAAGGCGACGAGUCUGUGAUGAUGAACAGCUCACUGGGACAUUUCUUUAAACAGAGGAGCGCCGUCAACAAGAUGCUGGGAAACUGGAGGAAGAUGAUCUCCAGCGUCCCCUCCAGACAGAUACACAG